AUGUCUGUGACAUUUUCAUUACAAGGAUAUUUAUUGGAUGCUGUUGGAAUUAGACGAUAUCCUGUGGAUAUAUAUGAAAAUGAAAUUUGUGGAUUAAAUCCAGAGAUUUAUAGUGGAAAGUGCAAAAAAUUAAGAAAUUGUAUGAAUUUAUUGGAAGAAAAGAAAGACAUUGAAGUUUGUAGUUUUGGUUCGUCAAAUCGAGGAGAUGAUACUUUAGUCUGCUGUUCUCGUGAUGAUUUUUAUAAAUCUCGAUGGAUUCAAUUACUUGAUUUUUCAAUUUCAUGGAACUGUGCUGGAAAUUUAAUUACUGAAACUUUUGUAAUGUCUGCUGCUCAUUGCAUGUUACUUGAUGGAAGAAAACCAAAUAUCGUUAGGCUUGGCGAUGUGGAUUUAAAUUCUGAAGAAGAUAAUCACCACAUUCAACAGUUUUAUGUCUACAGAACUAUCAAGCAUCCUGACUAUAACUAUGACACUAAUGAAAAUGAUAUUGCUUUAAUUCAACUUCGUGGACAGGUCAAUCCAACAAUGAAUGUAGUUCCUGCAUGUUUAAAUUCUGGAGUAAUUAAAACUGAAUACUUUGAAGGAGCUGGUUAUGGUCAAGCUGAGAACCAUCUACGAUCAAAUCGGCUCUCUAAAGUACAUUUAAAGCUUGUAGAGAUGCAAACUUGUCAAAACUCAUAUGACCUUCCAUUAUCAGCAGAUGCACAAAUUUGUGCAUUAGGAUAUAGAGAAGAUCUUCCACCACAAGAUUUAUGCUAUGGAGACAGUGGAUCAGCACUUCAAUACAUGAGUUCAGAUCUGGUUGAGGAUCAAACAAUUUACAAAAUUCCAACAUUAAUUGGAAUUACAUCGUUUGGAAUCGGCUGUGCUUUUGGAUUCCCAUCAGUUUAUGUCAAUAUUUCACAUUAUUUAGGUUGGAUGGAAUCUAUAAUAAGUCCGUAA